GGCCACAGUGCUAGUUCCGUUCACUGUGGGCGCUUCUUAAUUUCCGUAAAUAUAAGUAAGUCGAGGAAGGCACCAUGAAGCGGUAUCUCACUCCUUUGAAGAUCCAACUCAACCACGCUCUCUAGCAACCCCACAGUCAUUCCUUGAUCAACUGAUCAGUCAUUCAUUCAUUCAUUAUGCUUACCUCUACCUUCGUUUUGGCCCUUGCUGGCCUCUCCUCUAUGAUCGAGGCAUCUCCUCUUCAGGCACGCGGUGGAAGCAAGCGUGGUCUUGCGUUCCCCAAGAACCACAAUGGUGUUUCUGGAUCUCAGUGGACUCAUAAGUUCGCCGGCUCCAAGGUCUCUUGGAUGUACGACUGGGAGGCAGUCAUCGAUGGAACCCCCCUCGACCUCGAAUAUGUUCCUCUUCUCCACUCCAACCAGCAGUGGUGCACUGAGGGCUGGAACACCAACAUCGCCAACGCCAAGAAGAACUAUAAGGUUUCACACGUGUUGAGUUUCAACGAGCCCGACCAGGUUGGUGGUGGAGGUUCCAACAUCGACGUCGCUACUGCCGCCGCGACCCACAAGACGUUCAUCCAGCCCCUCGCCUCUCAGGGCCUCCGUAUCGGCUCUCCUUCCGUCACCAACGCCGACGAGCCCAACAAGGGAAUCAACUACCUCAAGAAGUUCAUGUCUGCCUGCAACGGCUGCCAGAUCGACUUCGUCGUCGCCCACUACUAUGCCGGAGACAACGCUCAGGACUUCAAGAACUACCUCACCAAGUUCCACCAGACCUUUAACAAGCCCGUCUGGGUCACUGAAUUCGGUGUAACUUCUGGCAACGCCGACGAGUUCCUUAAGCAGGUUCUUCCCUGGAUGGAUGCUCAGCCCUGGAUCGAGCGUUACGCCUACCACAUGGUCGCACCUAGCACCGACCAAAAGUACCUCAUUUCUGCUGAUGGUCAAAGCCUGUCUAGCAUUGGCAAGAUUUUCGCCAAUGCUUAGACGUUUGCUGUCUUGAUAGACGCAUCACGAGUUACGACCUUUUACCUUUUACCUUCUUGAUACCACGUUACCUUCUUGUCUAUAGACUUUGUCGAGACUUCGGUCCAUU